AUGGGGCAUCUGGCAACGGGAGCAGGUAUGAAUAGACUGGGAGCUCCUAGUCAGAACUCUGCACAGCAGCGACACAGGGUUACCGCGCCUGUCGGGUUAUUCCACUACUGCAGUCGAAAUAAGAAAAAUAAGAAACAAUACAGUGUAAAACUGGCAACAUGGAAUUUAAGGACUCUCCUGGACUCGCAUGGUACCUCUGAUAGACCUCACCGGAGAACAGCCCUGAUCGCUGCUGAGUUGAGCCGUUACAACAUCGAUAUUGCAGCCCUGAGUGAGACCAGUCUUCUGGAUGAAGGUUCUCUAUCAGAGGAAGGGACGGGUUACACCUUCUUCUGGAAAGGUUUCCCUCCAGGUGGACAACAUCUCUAUGGAGUAGGAUUUGCCAUCAAGAAUACCAUUCUACCAAGUCUCACAGAAACACCUGUUGGCAUUAGUGAAAGGCUAAUGACCCUCCGUAUCCCCCUGGCAAAAAAGCGUUAUGCCACACUUCUCAGUGCCUAUGCACCAACUUUACCAUCUGAGAAUGAGGCCAAGGAAUGCUUUUAUCAGGCACUGGAUGAAGCUCUUUGCCGGAUCCCUAAGAGUGACAAGAUCCUCUUGCUUGGGGAUUUCAAUGCUAGGGUCGGACAAAACAACAGAAUAUGGAGUGGAGUACUAGGCAGGCAUGGCAUUGGUAGGGUGAAUGCAAAUGACAUGAGAUUAUUGACUCUUUGCUCUGAGCAUAACCUUACCAUAACCAAUACCAUCUUCCAGCAGAAGGCAAAGUAUAAGACCUCGUGGAUGCACCCUCGUUCUAAACACUGGCACAUGAUUGAUUUUAUCAUUGUGCGGUGUAGUGACAUCAAGGAUCUUCUCAUCACUCGCGCCAUGAGAGGUGCAGAGUGCUGGACAGACCAUCGUAUGAUUGUGGCCAAACUCCAUAUGAAAGUGCUCUGUGCUCUACGAUGCAGCAGCCAAAUCCAUCGGUUAUAA